UUUUGUGAUGGAGGGUGAUGACUGGGUGUGGUAGGGUGGUUUGUAAUAUUAUUCCCGGGCUCUGUUCUUUACAUCGAUUGCCGUAUUUGUCCUACUUACGGUAUUAUUUCAACUCGCGCAUGUCCAGGGUUGAAAUAUCGAUUGACUUGCAGAUACUAGCGCAUAUUAUCCCUGAGCCAUGUACAGACUUUCGGUAGCUUGGCGACGGAGAAGUUGGUGUAUGAUACGCUGCUUCUCGUAAUCUCAAGAAUCCAAAGUGAGAAGAACAUUUUGAAUUACAAGAAAAACAGCGAUUUACAAAAAAAUAUUAGUAUCAAAAUCAAUUACAACAAACCGGGUCGCAUAAGUCAUACAUCAACCAUUCAUCUCUGCUAUAUGUACGCAUAUAUAAUAUAACACAGUCGAUAAUAUCUUCAAUUCGAUCAGGAUCAACAAUGGAUAGACAACGCUGCAACAUCGUGACAGUUACAACGCUUAUGAUCGCUGCACUUCUCUACGCAAUAGACGUUUUUAAAGGUUAUUUGUUAGUGGAACGUGUGAAAAAAAAUGUAAUUGUUCCUGAAAUAGUUUUCAAAAGUUAUGCUGUCAACCAUGGUGCACCGAUAAAUAUCAAAAUAGCUGGUCGUAAUUCUUUCACAGAUUUUUCCAUUAAAAUUAUAAAAUUGGAAAAUUUGUUUAAGCAGAUUCAUGUAGAGUCCAUUAAUUUGUUCGAGGACGUGAAAUCGGUGAAAAUUGUUCCAUACUGUAUCUCUGCGGAGGCUUUUACAAAUGAUGAAAUAUGUUUUAAAAAUACAGAGAUUUAUAAUUUGGACAAUUUGAAACUAGAAAGCAUCGAAUUGGGCAGAAGUACGAUUCAUAACAAAAAAACAAAUCGUUUCUUAUAUGUUUCCCAUAAAUUCGACGAAUUAGUGAUUAGCGGAACCACUGAUUUUAUGGAUGUUAGUAACCUUGAUAAGUACAACACAAGCAUCUUUAACAAUAACUUGAUCGUUUACUGUGAUUAUAAUAAUCAAGGAAUUUUUAGCUUAGAAAUUCCCUUCCUAGAGGGAUAUUCUGAGUCCAAUACCGAUAAGUAUGUAGCACAUGCAGUAGAUAUGCACUUGAAGCGUGCACAUGACAUGACUUUUCAUCUACCAGUACGUGGAUUUAAUGGAUUAUUGAAUUUAAUCGAAAAUGAAAUGAGCACUCCAUCGAUUUUUUUUCCAGAGAAUAUAACUUUUAGUUGUGUGUUUUCAGAAAUGUUUGGAACUAAAACUGAUACUAUAUCUAUCGAUACCAAGAACAUACGUUUAAAUAAACAGCUCAACAAUGAUGUAUUUAACAAAGUGAAGUUUAUUAAAACGGGCAACUCUUAUCAGGCGCAAUUUGCUAUCACUUUUAACAAACUAGCUUUUACUGCUAAAAUGUCCGCAAAAAUAAAUCAGAAUUUAGUAUUGAAUGAAGAUGUGCUAAUCGAAAUAAAAAAGUUACAUGUAGAGGUUCACUACUUCCCAAUUCAGUGUCCACUAUACAAAGUAAAGGUUACCAUUCUAAACGGAGUGAGUUUAUCCACAGCGAAAAAAAUCGAUACUUAUUUCUAUUCCCCACAUUUUAACGGGAAAUUAUCCAAUUGCAUCAAGGCUACAACUGUACACAACGUGGAUACAACUCUUCUUAUGUUAAAAUUCCCGAAGUUAAAAGCAUUUCUAGAAGCAAAUAUUAAUGCUUCGUUGAUGUAAUUUACACCCCAAAUUAUUUAAUGGGUACAUAUACCAACAUCUGUAGUAUUCAAGCCAUGUUAAUGGUAUAGACUAUAGGUAGUCAUAACAGUAGGUUUGUGUUCAAAAAAAUUAUGUUUGGGUACACGUUUAGUAUGCUAGUACUAAAACUCUGAUAAUUGUCUAUAGUCAACCAUAAAAUAAUAUACUUUUUUCAGUAAAUACUAAACUAUCAAGUACUUUUUAUACCUAUUUAUACGUCAAAUCAAUUAAUUAAUUGUAAUAUUACCAUUCUCAUGACGCUCAAAACUUAUUAAUAAUAUUUGGAUGGACUAAUAAUUAUUCACAGUACAAAAUUUUGAGUUACCUGCAUUUAAGAAAUACACUAUUUCUCCACGUGGUUCGUCGGAAUUUACGGUUAAAGGUCAAUUUUUAUUUAUUAACAAUGCUCAACUCGUUUUAACUUUCGGUGGCAUUGGUCUGUUAUAUUUUUUUCCUUAUCGUUACCAGUAAUAUUAAACUAAAUAGACUUGUAAGAAUAUACAAGAUGUAAGUGUCAGACCAAAUCAUUUAAAUUUUUUAGCAUACUAAAUGAGAAUAUUACGUACCCUUAAUUCGUAGCUUUCCAUUACCACAUACAAAUUUCACGAUACCGCACAAAAUGCAUAAAGUCUCGUAUCCAAUUACCAUACAUCUACCUACCUCAAGGUAAUUGAAUACUCAUAUAUAAAUUAACUAGUAAAAAGAUUUCUUUCGUUCAAACUGUAUUAUUGAAUGUCUGUUUCUAUAUUGUCGUUUGGUUGUUUACAUUUGAUCGUUCCACCAAAUUCUGUGUAUACUGCUAAACAAUAUCACAAGAAAUAUUGUAUAAAAAAUUAUAUUAUCGAACUCACCAAAACGAACAAAGAAUCGUUUCUGUGAUUAUUAACAAAUUACAGAUUUUAUCUUUAAUUUUAGAAAAUAAACAUAAAAUGAGUAAGGUAUGCGUUUUGCAAUUGAUAAUAAGUAAUAUAUGGACACUGAUUGCCGGCUAUAACGAUGAUUUAAUGACACCUGAAAAUUCUAAAAACAAUGUAUUUAGACUUCCCUCAGUAAUAUCAAAAUGUGUGUGUGUGCAUGUUGUAUCGUGUGUUUUUGGAUCAUUUGCUAGUGGUAAUGGAAAAUGCCACUGAAUUUGGUAUUAAAACUGUAGUCAAUUUAUUAGCUAAAUGUUGUGUGAGAAAGUAAAAUAAAAUUGUUUAACAAGUAAUAUUAUACUCCUCUAUUCAACCUUAUACAAGUACGUUGUUACUUGUUGAAGUCAACAUAAUAUGUAGGUACCUAUACAUUGUUAUUUUAAUAUUAAAAU